AUAGUUAUUUAUUGAUUUCGUCGGUCAUAAAUAUAGAAUGGGCAACAGAAUGAUAUCACAAGGAUAUAAUUAUUCAUUUUUAUCUUAUAAGUACUUUUACAAAAAAUAAAAGAAUAAAAAAAUAAUUUUAGAAGAAGCUUUGUGGUUCCUUGUUUCUGGGAAGAACUCUUUGGGAGCAGCUCCCCAAAAAAAAAAAACCCAACGCGCGUAAGCUAGACCAACCCAACUCAAUCCUCUCACCGCUUGCCUCCGGCCUUUCUCGCCGCCGCCGCCGCCCUCCAUUUCUGAUCACUGUUGGUAGAGCUUUCCCCUCUCGAAUACUCUCACUCUCGCUCCCUCCGACGGUCGAAGGAAGAGAAGGAGGGGAGGGGAGAGAGAAGGAUGUCGAGGAGUUUGGUGCAGCCGUUCGGGCAGAAGCGGCUGACGAACGUGGCCGUCGUCCGCCUCAAGAAGCGCGGCAUCCGCUUUGAGAUCGCCUGCUACAAGAACAAGGUCCUCUCCUGGCGCUCCGGAGUAGAAAAAGAUUUGGAUGAAGUCUUGCAGUCACAUACUGUUUACUCAAAUGUUUCUAAAGGAAUUCUUGCAAAAUCAAAGGAUUUGAUUCCUUUUGGCACUGAUGAUCCAUCAAAAAUAUGCUUGGAGAUUCUGGAGAAAGGAGAGCUUCAAGUUGCUGGGAAAGAGAGAGAGUCCCAGCUAUCAAGUCAGUUCCGGGAUAUUGCAGCAAUUGUUAUGCAGAAGACUAUCAAUCCAGAAACUCAGUGCCCUUAUACAAUCAGUAUGAUCGAGAGGCUUAUGCAUGAAAUUCAUUUUGCAGUGGAUCCUCAUACCAGCUCAAAGAAACAGGUUUGUUUAAUGGAACCUAGUCUUUGCAUGUGGUGGGGGAUGCUCAUGUAGACCAGUAUGAUGAUACUGAAGACCUUCCCUCAAAGUCCACCAAGGAAUCAGAUACCUUGGUCCAAAUAAGUGAGAGAUUACAGAAACAGAACAUUUCUAGUGAAAAUAGAAGUGGUCAAGAAAAGGUCAAGCAGAACAGAUAGUACUUGUGAUGCAGUUGUGGGAGACGCAAAACAUUAUAGGGAGCACUUCAAAUCUGAAUGGCACAAGCAUAACCUGAAGAGAGAGACUAAGCAGCUUCCUCCACUAACUGCUGAGGAAUGCUCAACUGACAUUGAAGUAGGUUAUUUGAAGGCGGAUCUGAAGGAAUCUUUCUGAUUGAAGUUCAGACAUGCUUAUUUUUGUUAGCUGACGGUUACGCAAGAAGCAUACGCAUACAUGUGAAGUAAACAUACAGAUCGGGUUUGCUCGGACCAACUGCUACUUUAAUGGAAGUGCAAGCAUGGGAUACCUAAACAACCUUAUGGAUGAUGAGAAUACUACCCUUGUCUGGUCUUGUUAUCUUAAAUGCCGCAAUGACUUGAUACUGGACUUCACUAGUUGCUGUCGCAAAGUAUAUGGAGAAGCAUUGCUGUAAUAUUCAACCACAUUGUAUGUUUCUGUUGUUCUCCCCGUCCCCUUAUUUUAUAUGAAAUUCAAGAAACUUUUGUCAUC